AUAUUUUUAUAUUAUUAUUAUUAUUUUAGUGAGGCUAACGGGAUUGGAUUGGGAAAGAGAAGCUCAAGCUCUGGGGACCUUUCGCUAUCGGAGCUUCAAGUGGGCGGUGCAUUUUGGACGCCUCUGAGAGGAUACUUCCCAGAAUCCAAACUCAUAUCACAACCAAACAACGCUUUUUCUUUUCCGGAGAUUUCUGGACAAUUGGUUAUAUUAACCGGCCACCAGUUUCCGGUCAGGUACAGAAGGAUGGAGGACGAGUAUAUUAGGAGACACCACCGGCACGAGAUCAAAGAGCACCAGUGUGGCAAGUCCCUCGUUAAGUAUAUCAAAGCGCCCGUUCCUCUCGUGUGGUCUUUGGUGAGGCGAUUUGAUCAACCACAGAAGUACAAGCCGUUUGUUAGCAGGUGCAUUGUGCAGGCCGGUGAUCUUCAGAUCGGGAGUGUUAGACAGGUGAAUGUUAAGUCGGGAUUGCCCGCCACUACUAGCACUGAAAGAUUGGAGCUUCUUGAUGAUGAGGAGCAUAUCUUUAGCAUGACAAUCGUUGGUGGAGAUCACAGGCUGAAGAAUUACUCCUCUGUCAUUACCGUCCAUCCAGAGAUCAUCGAUGGGAGGCCAGGGACAUUGGUGAUUGAGUCAUUUGUGGUGGAUGUGCCAGAUGGGAACACAAAGGAUGAAACAUGCUACUUUGUGGAAGCCCUUAUCAAGUGCAACCUCAAGUCACUGACUGAUGUCUCAGAGCGUUCAGCUGUGCAUGACCGGACAGAGCUAAUUGACAGAAUCUAAGAUCAUCUUUUGGGGAGGAUGAGGAUGCAGUGAGUGAAAAUUCUGAGGUGCUGGAUGUAAAAGCUAAGCAGAGUUUGGUAUUUUGGAGGUGAGGUAAACUUUCUUUACUUCAUAUGUCAAGCUCAUUUGCUUCUUUCCACUGUAAAAUAAUAUUGGGAUAUCUUGCAUCUAUAGUAGCUGUUGAUCGAGCUCAUCAUGGCCUACAGAUUUCUCGAAACAAAACUACAGAUUAUGUUUAUUUUCUUGUGACUUCUUUCUCUUGGUAAACCUUCUCUCCGGAUAUUCUUUUUUUUUUUCUUGACCUUUCUCUCUGGAUAUUCUUGGUUACAAUAAGGGGCAUGUAUCCAACUCGGUUUGUAAAUAUCUAUGUUUGACUGGAAGGCGAUGUUCAUGUUUGAAUUUUUCAGUGGAAUAAGGUUGAUACUUCUUGGCGGCACA